AAUCUCCAAACAAAACUCAUGUUUUGUGGUUAGUGGUUAUUACUUGCUAUUACAGGUGAAUUCUGAUUAUUUUAAUUUGUUGAUAAUUGAAAAAAAAAAAUAGGAAUUAAAAGCGUGUCAUAAAUUAUUCAUACGAGACGAUAAUCAAAGUUGAUAUCAUUGUUUGUUCUACAGUGUAUUAUAAAAAAAUGAAAAUUACAUAUGACAUAUUUAAUUAAAGUUAUUUUGAUCACAGUGAAUAGAUGUUCAUCGAAUAUUCUUGACACCUGAAGAUAAGAUAAUUUUUUGUUCAAUACUCUGAAUCUUUUUAAUAUUAGUUAAUUCAUGAACUGACAAUGGAACAGCUGGGGGCCAGCGUUAUAAGUUUAAGAAAUAUUUCCAAUAAAGAUGACGAAGAAGAUGAAAUACCACAAAAUUUGAUUAGCAGUAAUAAAUCUCUCAACAUACCAGAGCUUGACAGUUGGAAAUGUUUGUUACCACAGAUAUUAGCAGCUUUCGCAGCAGCGUCCUUCCACACAGGAAAUGGAAUAUCAAUGGCAUAUUCUGCAGUAUUAAUUUCACAGCUCGAACAACCAGAUAGUGAUUUCAAAGCUACUAAUGCCGAAAAUGCUUUUAUGGCUAGUAUCAUAAUACUGGUAGCCCCAGUUGCCUCAGUGAUGAGUGGUUUUCUGAUGGACAAAUUGGGCAGACUCAACACAAUAAAAUUAGCCGUAAUUCCUGGUGUAAUAGGAUGGACGAUAGUUGCACUGGCUCAGAAUAUACAAGUAGUUAUUGUUGGUAGAAUUUUAACUGGAAUCGCUUCGUCUUGGGGAACAAAUCCGGCAAUAGUAUAUAUAACCGAAAUUGGAAAUCCUAAGAUAAGAAUGUCCUUAAUGCAACUUGGAUCUGCGUAUGUCUCCUUAGGUAUGAUAAUCACUUAUUUGGGAGGGUGGUAUAUGCACUGGAGAAUAGUAGCGUGGAUCUCUAACGUGUUUAUAUUAUUAACUGGCUUAUCGGUCUGUUUUAUACACGAGAGUCCUCUCUGGUUGAUUUUUAGAGGAAAAUUUAAGUCGGCCAAAAAAUCAUUGAAUUGGUUCUACAAACAUCAACCAGUUCCUGCAGGAAAUGGAGAAACUUAUGCUGAUCUUCAAUUUAAGAUACUGAAAAAACAGGAAGAAGAAGCUCAAGAAAAGCGAAGAAAUAAAGGAACAAUUAUAGAUUUAGCGAAAGAGUUUAUGAAACCCAGUGGUUACAAACCGCUGAUAAUAAUGUGUCCAUUAUUUUUCUGCCAACAUUUCUCUGGAAUUUACAUCACCAUGUUCUACUCCAUUACUUUUAUAAAGGAAGCUGGAACUAAUAUUGAUGGAUACUUCGCCUCGGUGAUGAUUGGUGUGAUUCGUUUUAUAAUGGCUACUUCUAAUGUUUUUAUUCUGAAAUAUGUCAAUAGACGAACAGCUAUCAUGGUCAGUUCAUUAGGAAUGGCAAUAUUUAUGUAUAUUUCUGGACAGUACACUCUUUGGAUAAAAGAAGGAGAAACCACUGCAAAAUGGGUUCCAGUUGCUUCGUUGUUGAUGUAUGUGGUAUGCUCUGUGACAGGUCUCAUGUUUCUACCGUUCAUGGUAAUAUCAGAAUUAUUUCCAUUAGCAAUUAGAGGAGUUGGUUAUACGAUAGGUUACAGCUUCUCGAUGUUGUUCAUGUUUGCAUCAUUGCAAAGUUACUAUGGUCUGAAUGCAGCAUUGGGAGGAUCAACUAACCUACAAUGGUUCUUUGCUGUAGUUUGUACGAUGGGAGCCGUUUAUACUUAUAUCUUCCUUCCAGAAACAAGGGGGAAGAAAUUAAAUGAGAUUACGGAAAAUUUCCAGAAGGGAUGGUUAUAUAUUGGAAAGAGCCACAAAGAACAAGAUUCAUCAGUUACAUGUCGUACAGUUUGAAUAUACGAAAAAUGAUAUUUUAUAUCAAAUGUUUUAAAUAAAUCAAUGAAAUUUUUACCAACCA